UGUGUGAGUGUGUGUGUGUGGUGUGUGAGUGUGUGUGUGUGUGUGUGUGUGUGUGUGUUUGUGAGUGUAAACAACACCAGUCCCUAUGACAGUGAUCCUGACUGUGCUGCUAGAGUCUGCCUGCUGCUCGUCUCUGACUUCAGUUGACUGGAUGGGGACUGGAGGGCACAACUAGCUAGCUAACGUUACACUCUAAGGUGAAAGUGGCAGCAAUGGACCGACCAGGUUUUGGUGGGGCUCCAUCAUUCAAUAACCUCUCCACAAGGAUAACAGAUAAUGGAUGCUCAGCCUCAGAUCUAACCGAGGAGGACUUAGAGAGUCUACGAAUUGAACUUGCAAAGAUGGAGGAUGAAAUUCAGACCUUGCGGCAGGUGCUUCUGGUCAAAGAAAAAUAUGCUUCGGACAUCAGGAGGCAGCUGGGUAUGAGUCCUCUAAGUAACAUCAAACAGAACCUGUCCAAAGGCUGGCAAGACAUCCAGACCUCGGGCCCAUACCUCACAGCCUCUGCCACUUUGGAGGACAUCAGCCACUCCAGCGUAUAUGUCAGGACACGGGAGAGUCUCUCUCAUGCAGGCCAGGUGACGUCCUCUGCACUGUCCAAUAUGGGCGUGGCCCUCACCAGGAGACUGGCAGAGAUGAGAGCUCUGCCUCUCCCGAGCCCACCACGCACCCUGAGCCACACCAUGAGUGUGCCGGCUAUGAGACAUUCCUCUACAUUCAAGUCUUUGGAGGAAAUGGUCGGCAACGUGAAGGACAAGGUGACUGGCAAUCUGUCAAGUAAUGGAGACACCUCUGGGUUUGAAAGAAGAUCCUCAGGCCACAGCACAUGAGAUGGACCCUUUGAACAUAUCACAAUUAAUUAUUUUUCAUACCUUGUAAAGUUAUGAAAGAAUGUUAUAUUGCUCCUGUGUGUGCAUCUGUCCACUGUUAUUUCUGACUGCUGUAUUAAAACAAUAUGACUAAUAGAAUGUAUAAAAUUUGCAAUAGAAUAUUAUUUCAAACUUCAAUUUAUAAUAAAUAAAAAUAGUCUUUUAAUUUUUAAAUGUUAUAUUUCUGCAUGUUGGAUACAUGUAAUUUUAUUUGAAUGUGAAACCCAUAUUGACAAAUGUACAAAACAGAAUAUCACAAACAUUAAGUAUUUUUGUACUAAUGCUAUGUUAUCUCUUGUCAUUGAUGGUCACAUACCUUUAUUUACUCAGAUUUGUGUUCUUAAUUAAAUUUCCUACUGUUCUCAGAGAAAAUUU